AUGUUUUACUGGUUUGACUUUGUUGUAAGCACUAUCACUACUGUCUAUUUUGCAAUACAAUGGUUUGUCUAUACAGACCACAGUUUAGCUGAAUUAGAGAAUGACCCCGAAGGCAAGAAACAACAUGAUGAUUCAUUUAAAGCAGAGAGUAUUGUUAGCAUUGUCUUGUUGUGUCUUUUUAGACUCAUUCAUCUUUAUUUUGCUUAUGUGUUGACAAGCUAUUAUAUCUCACUUGGUCAAGCUCAAUAUACCAAGUUACGUGCUGCAGUAGAUGAAGAAUUGAACCCUCCUGGAUUCAAUGAGGAUGAAAAUGAUGAAAAAGAUCAAUAA